GGGACCCCUCUGUGGUAGGGACUCCUCUGUGGUAGGGACUCCUCUGUGGUAGGGACUCCUCUGUGGUAGGGAUUCCUCUGUGGUAGGGACCCCUCUGUGGUAGGGACCCCUCUGUAGUAGGGACUCCUCUGUGGUAGGGACCCCUCUGUGGUAGGGACCCCUCUGUGGUAGGGACUCCUCUGUCGUAGGGACUCCUCUGUGGUAGGGACCCCUCUGUAGUAGGGACUCCUCUGUGGUAGGGACCCCUCUGUGGUAGGGACCCCUCUGUGAACCAAGACUCAUAAUGACCUGCAGCCCCAUGUCUUCCCCUUCUCCGUCCCCGGCGCCCCCCGGGCCCCCCGGGCCCAAGGCCGCGCCGGUGAGGCCGGGCGACCCGGCGGCGCCGUUCCGUGCCGUGGAGGCCCUGGGCGGCCUGGUGACGCGCGAGUUCCCCGAGGCCCGCACGCUCGCCCGCUACUUUGGCCGUGCGGCGGAGCGGUUCGCGACACGCCGCUGCCUCGGCACGCGGCAGCUGCUCAGCACCGAGGAGGAGCUGCAGCCAAACGGUCGCCUGUUCAAGAAGGUGGUGCAGGGCGACUACCGCUGGUGGACGUACCGGGAGGUGGAGGAGCAGGCCGGCACGCUUGCCAGCGGCCUCACCGCACUUGGUCAGGAGCCCCACCAGCCCAUCGCCAUCUUCUGUGAGACCCGGGCCGAGUGGAUGGUGUCAGCCCUUGCCUGCUUCAAGCACAACUUCCCCGUGGUGACGCUGUACUCGACUCUGGGCGCCGACGCAGUGGCCCACGGCCUGCGGGAGUCCGCCGUGACUCACCUCAUCACCAGCAGCGAGCUCCUGCACUCCAAACUCAAGUCCAUACUUGACCACGUGCCAACCCUACGUCACAUCAUCCACGUGGACCCCCUGGACGCAGAGGGGGUGGCCUUCCCACAAUGCAUUGCGGUGCACAGCAUGGCCGAGGUGCAGCAGCUGGGGGCAGAGCCACAGAACAUGUCGGUGGCGGUGCAGGAGGCACAAGCGGGUGACCUGGCCGUGGUGAUGUACACCAGCGGCUCCACGGGGCUGCCCAAGGGCGUGAUGAUGACACACGCCAACCUCAUCAGCGCCAUGGCCGGCCAGUGCCAACGCAUUCCUGGGCUCGGGCCCAGUGACCUCUACAUCGGCUACCUGCCUUUGGCUCAUGUCCUGGAGCUGGGCGCAGAGCUCUCCUGCCUAGCUCACGGCUGUGCCAUUGGCUAUUCCUCACCGCUCACCAUCACCGACCAGUCCAGCAAAAUCAAGAGGGGUGGCAAGGGCGAUGUGUCAGUGCUAAAGCCCACACUCAUGGCGGCCGUGCCGGAGAUCAUGGACCGCAUCAAGAAGUCGGUGAUGGGCCGCGUGGCAGAGAUGAGCGCUCCACAGAGAGCCGUCUUCCACGCCGCUUACGGCUACAAGAUACGCCACCUGGCCCAGGGCGCCGACACGCCGCUCUGCAACUGGCUGGUGUUCAGCAAGGUGGCCGGGAUCCUGGGGGGCUGCAUCCGCAUGAUGCUGUGUGGCGGUGCGCCCCUCUGCCCGGACACGCAGCGUUUCAUGAACGUCUGCUUCAGCUGCCCCGUCCUGCAGGGAUACGGUCUCACGGAGACCUGCGGCGCCGGCACCAUCACCGACGCCAGUGACUACAGCACGGGUCACGUGGGAGCACCGCUCGUCUGCUGUGAGAUCCGCCUACGAGACUGGGAGGAGGGAGGCUACACGACUCGCGACUCCCCGAGCCCGCGGGGCGAGAUUCUGGUGGGGGGAGGCAACGUGGCGCUGGGCUACUACCGCGGGGCGGGGCUGCCCCCCGGCGGGGGGGAGUCGGGGGACUUCGUGACGGACGACUCCUCCCCGGGCGGCCCCCCACAGCGGUGGUUCUGCACCGGCGACGUGGGGCAGUUCGGCCCCGACGGCAGCCUCGCCAUCGUGGACCGCAAGAAGGACCUGGUGAAGCUCCAGGCGGGAGAGUACGUGGCUCUGGGCAAGGUCGAGUCGGCUCUCAAGAGCUGCGCCCUCAUCGACAACAUCUGUGCCUACGCCACCAGCUCGCAGUCGUACGUCAUCAGCUUCGUGGUGCCCAACAAGGAGCGCCUCACCAGCCUGGCGAAGCAGCGUGGCAUUGUGGGUACCUUUGAGGACCUGUGUAACCACGGCGACAUUGAGCGCGAGGUGCUGCUCGCCAUCGCGGAGGCCGCUCGCAAAGCGCGUCUGGAGAAGUUCGAGGUGCCAGUGAAGGUGCGCCUGAGCCCAGAGCCGUGGACCCCAGAGACCGGCCUCGUCACCGACGCGUUCAAGCUCAAGCGCACGGAGCUGCGCACUCGCUACCUGCCGGACAUUGAGCGCAUGUACGCCGGCAAGUAGCCGGGGGGGAAACUCCCUCCGCCAGGGGGAUCGGGGGGACUCCCUCCGCCAGGGGGAUCUCCUGCCAAGGGGACCUCCCUCCGCCAGGGGGAUCGGGGGAUCU